AUGCCUAACAGUAUCAGCUCCAUUGAAAGCUAUGACUCGGAUGAACCUGCCCCAUUGGAGAUCGAUAAGAAACUGCUUCUGGCAUGUGCGACAAAUAUUUUGGGGACUGUUUGCACAAGUGCUGUCCCCAUGACACGAGGGGUGAAUCAUGAGAUCUUCCUUCUCUCAUUUGAAGCCAAAGGCAAUACUCACCCAGGCCUCGCACAGGCUGGCCAUCGCUGCAUUGCACGAUUCACUCGCGUUAACUCAGUUGCUGCCACACGCAGAGAUGCGAGCGAAGUGGCAACACUGCGGUAUCUGAAGCGUAAAACCGAAAUACCUGUCCCUGAAGUCUAUUACCAGGAUCUCAGCCUCCAUAAUCCGGUGGGAGCACCUUGCACUUUGAUGGAGUAUAUACAGGGACGGCAUCUUUACAAGCUCUGGGAUGCUCUUAACCUCGUUGCAAAGAAAGCAGUGCUCUCGCAAAUCGCCACAGUAGUCGCCAAAUUCGCAUCGCUGCGCUUCCAAUCAAUUGGAUCUCUUCACGACGAAGGCAUCAUCGGACCUCUCAUCACUUCCGCUACAAAUAUCGAAAGAGGUCCAUUCUUUUCAACCAAAGAAUACUUACUCUCAUUCGUGACAACCGAUAAUAUUUCUUCGCCAGAGCUGAUUCAACUCUUUGGUCAGAUUCAGAGAGAACUUGAUGCAUUCAUUACAAAGACAAAGGAGGACCCAGGACUUGCGCCACCAUUUGCCAUGAUUCAUGCCGAUUUUGAUGGUCAAAACAUGCUCUUUACUGAGCAGCCUGACGGUUUGCCACCAAAACUAGCUGGGAUCAUUGACUUUGAGUACUCUUUUACCGGACCUCUCUACUUUCUGUUUGAAUACCCGAUUUUCAUACAAGAUGUUUCUUGGUCGAAGGAGCUUUACCCCAUCAACGCCAUCUUGCGGCCUCAUUUUGUUCGGGAGAUUCUCAGCAGGCUACCCGAUGAAGAAUCACGGAGGAUCCUGAUUGCAUGUAUGAACAGCAAAAGCUAUACGCUGAAUAGCUUCCAAUCGUCUUUCAUGUCCAUAGAAUCCUCUGAAAACGGUCUCAUCGACCUAGCUAAAUCUUACUUGCAGUGUGUGCGAGAGGGUACACACCCUGCCUACACGGGAAGGUUGGAUUACACUGCGGAGCUGUAUCUAGCAGACGGAACUAUGUCGCAAUCAACGGAAGAUCGGCAAGAUAUAAUUAUACCCAUACACCCCAAGCAUGUGGCCAAUAUUGUUAGUCGAAUUAAGAACCAUGAGUUUCGCAACUAUCUUCUUCCACAAUCUACCCAACGACUUUGGAUAUAUGAAACAAGCCCCUUAUCCUCAAUUCGAUACAUCGCUACUAUAAGUCAUGGGAAACGCCCUGAGGAGAUUUGUAAUCCCCAUGGAUUAAGAAAUGACGAAUUCGAUCGUGGCGACUUGGAAGGCCGUGUUAAGUACGCCUAUGAGAUUCUGAAGCUUGAAAAACUGCAAAUACCUUACUCCCUCGCCGACCUGAAGAGAAACCGAUGGCUGAACGGUGCCCCUCAGAAGUAUUGCUUCCUAAAGCCUUCUAUGAGAGAAACUAUCAAUACGCUUGCUUUGGAGCUAGUCUUUACCUCUGAAACACUGGCGUCUUCUGAUAAAGAACCAGCGAAAGUAACAACGCCGAAUGCAAUUAUUCCAAAGCCCCAGUCACAGAUGAAAACUCAACAACCAGACCGGAUUUCUAAAAAAGGAAAACGCGUGUCGUUAAAAAAGCAGAAUGAGAAGCAAGCAUCACUACAGCAUUGGGUAAAGAGGCAAGCCUCUACUAGACUAGAUACUAAGUAA